UAUGUGAUCCGUAGAAUUGCGGUCUGUUGUUUACAGUGAACGAAAACAACAUAAAUCUGUUUCAUAGUAUAAAAAGUAAAUUAAAUACCAAAAAUGGAUUUCCAAAAUCGCCCGGGAGGUAAAACUGGCGGUGGAGGUGUUGCUUCCUGGUCAGAAAGCAACAGGGACAGAAGAGAACGUUUACGACAACUUGCGUUAGAAACUAUCGACUUAAACAAAGAUCCGUAUUUUAUGAAAAAUCACUUAGGAUCUUACGAAUGUAAACUGUGUUUGACGCUUCAUAACAACGAGGGUAGUUAUUUGGCCCAUACACAAGGUAAAAAGCACCAAGCCAACUUAGCUAGAAGAGCUGCUAAAGAAGCAAAGGAAGCACCGCAAACACUUGCACCUGAAAAGCCCCGAGUGGAACCUAAGAAAUUCGUAAAAAUUGGAAGACCGGGUUACAGAGUAACUAAACAGCGCGAUCCAGAAUCUGGGCAACAAAGUUUAUUGUUCCAAGUUGAUUAUCCGGAAGUCGCAGACAAUGUAAUUCCACGGCACAGGUUUAUGUCAGCAUAUGAACAGAGAGUUGAACCUCCUGACCGUAAAUGGCAAUACUUGUUAUUUGCAGCAGAACCUUAUGAAACUAUAGCUUUUAAGGUACCUAGUAGAGAAGUUGAAAAAGCAGAAGGAAAGUUUUGGACACAUUGGAACAAAGAUACCAAACAGUUUUUCCUACAGUUUGCAUUUAAGAAUGAAAAACCAUCAGUUGGUAAAGUGCCUCCACCCCCUGUACCUUUAAUACGACCUGGAUUAGGGCCACCAAUGGUACCUGUACCACCACCACCGAGACCACCAAUGUUUAAUCCAGUGCCUCCACCACCAGCACUUCUAGCCACAGGCAUGCAAAUACCACCCCCACCUCCACAUCUAGCAUAAUAACAAUAUAAAUCCAAUCUGUACAUUUUUCCUAAACAAGGAGAGUAUCUUUUAUUUCUAAUGUAUUAUUUUAAUGAGUAUCUUGUGUAUAAAAUAUGAAAAUGUA